CCUUCUUAACCUGCACCAACCCCACUCCCUUAUCCUACGCACCCGACUCGCCGUCAUGUCUGCCGCUUCUCUCGCCGUCAUGUCUGCCGCUUCUCUCGCCGUCUCCCCCAUUUCUCUCAACUUCUCCGGCCUCCGAAAUGGCUCCGCCCGCCCCGUCCUCGGAUUCCGCAACCUCUCCCGAUCUAGGGUUUCCAUGAGCGUCUCCGUCGGAUCAUCGCCGACUGUCACCGACGAAGCCUUGUUCGCCGAUUACAUGCCCACCAAUGCCUUCCUCUUCCCCGGCCAAGGUGCACAAGGACUUGGAAUGGGGAAGGAAGCUCAGAGCGUGCCGGCAGCUGCGGAGUUGUACAAGAAAGCUAAUGAUAUUUUAGGGUUUGAUCUUUUAGAUGUUUGUAUUAAUGGACCGAAGGAGAAGCUGGAUUCUACUGUUAUAAGCCAGCCGGCUCUUUAUGUCACCAGUCUAGCUGCUGUUGAGUUGCUUCGUGCACGCGAUGGAGGUCAAGAGAUUAUUGAUUCUGUUGAUGUUACAUGUGGCUUAAGUUUGGGAGAAUACACUGCUUUGGCAUUUGCUGGUUCAUUUAGCUUUGAGGAUGGGCUCAAGCUGGUUAAGCUAAGGGGAGAAGCUAUGCAGGAAGCUUCUGAUGCUGCCAAAGGUGCCAUGGUCAGUGUCAUAGGGCUGGACUCAGACAAGGUUCAGCAGCUGUGUGAGGCAGCCAAUGAAGAAGUUGAUGACAAAGACAAAGUUCAAAUUGCAAAUUUCCUAUGCACUGGAAACUAUGCUGUUUCUGGAGGUGUGAAAGGAGUGGAAGCACUAGAGGCCAAGGCAAAGUCAUUCAAGGCCCGAAUGACGGUGCGUUUAGCUGUGGCUGGUGCUUUCCACACUAGAUUUAUGGAGCCUGCUGUAUCCAGAUUGGAAGCAAAACUGGCAGCAACACAGAUUAGAACUCCUAGAAUACCAGUAAUCUCCAACGUUGAUGCGCAGCCACAUUCAGACCCUGACGUGAUUAAGAAAAUACUGGCACGCCAGGUGACUUCCCCCGUUCAAUGGGAAACAACAGUCAAGACUCUCCUCUCCAAGGGGCUGAAGAAGAGUUAUGAAUUGGGACCUGGAAAGGUUAUAGCCGGCAUUGUGAAGAGAAUGGACAGAAGCGCUGAGGUUGAAAACAUUGGAGCUUAGGAAAUCAACCCAGAUGCAGUUGGGAUACACCUGCAAUGUGAUUCUGUCGCCAAUGCGUGUAGCUGAAAGAAUUUGUGGCGCAUAUCGGCAGAAGUUGUUUGUUCAGCCAAACCAAUACAGCACAUGAAAAUUUGAAUUUUCCGGGAAACUUAAUAGCAUCUAGAGUUAAGUACUGUAUCAUCAUAAAUAAACGUUGGGGUUUAUGUUUUUCUCAGUUUGUAAGGUUUGUGAUUCAGUGUAGAGC